CACACAUUAUAUUUACAUAUAGCGACAUAAUUACACUGUCGAUUAGAUUUCGGUUUCGGCGCGCGCCCUCCUACUUUUCGCACUUCUCUUUUUAACUAGGCGCACUGCGCUUUUACGCACGACUCCACUGACUUUCUGUAGCAGUGCAGAGUGUCAUGAGGACCGUCAGUGUAUGAGCGACAAGCUGCCAUCUCUGCUCGAUGAUGAUCCUCCUGCCUGCUCUGUUAAUUCUUUGGGGAGAAGCGGCUCAGUGCCUGGAGGAGGAUGGAAGAUUUAACUUAAAGGGAGACCUCCGUCACUUCGCCGUGGCCAAUGGCACGGUUUACAUCGCUACUGAGGAGAUGCUGUACCAACUAAACCACGACCUGACUCUGGUCCGGAGUCUGAGCCAGAGAGGAUUCUUGGCACACAUUCCUGGCACAAAAGACCUAAAGUUAACCCGAUCUUCUGAUAAGGGGAACGUUACGUUCAGUGUCAACGUGUUAUUGCCGCAUGUUGCAGACGAAAAUGUGAUAGUUUGCGGUGUUAUUGAUAAGGGGUGCGGUUAUUGUGAACUGUUGGACUUCAAGAACAUUGCCAAUGUUCUGUACUGGGAAGAAACCGAGGUAGGUUCUUUGUGGCGCAGCAGUGCGUCCGUGAGCCUCCUGGUGAGUGUGGAGACUCGGACCCGGGCAGAGACUUACAUUCUCACCGCCGUGCAGCAAUACAAGAAAGAGCCGACAAAGACAGGCUGCCCAGCUUUGUCAGAUGCAGUGAACCUUUGUAACACGAAUAACAAUCAACCAGGACUAAUAUUUUCUAUUAAUAGCGAAGAGAUAGGAAGUCCUAAAAUCAUACGGGAAGACGAUGUGGAGUUUGUGGAUGGAUUUCAGAUUAAUUCCAUCAUCUAUCUUUUCUCCAAUCUGCCCUCAAAAGACAGAAACAACAAAGUGCGUCUCCUUUGGCUUGAAGGCAAAGGAGGUAAACUUCAGACUCUGAAGUCGCUCCGGGGCGCAACUCUCAGAGUCUCUGAUGGAGAGAAAGGACUCAGACUGAUCGCCUCCUCGGUGAUCCCGGGCGGUCCGCCGGUGCUCUGGUGCGGCGUGUUCAGUGUGGACGGAGGACAAACCAACACCGAAUUGGUGCUGUUCGACAUCAGCCCUGAUCUCACCAGAGAGCAAGAUAUGGACCCGGACUUCUGCUCUGACUGUGGUGAUCAGAAAGAGGAGGAGCCAAAGACACUGAAGCCGAAGAAGGUGAUCUUCAAGCAGAACUACAUGACUUCUGUGCUGGCGGUGACACAGAAAAACUGGAUGGUUUUCUUCAUCGGGACGGGAGAUGGGCAGCUCAUUAAGCUUGCUGUGGACAAGAAGUACCAGACCACGUGUUCCAGAGUGCUCUACAAAACCAGUGACGACCGCAAAGUGUUUCAGACAUUACAUCUAGAUCAGGUGGAUCUUAAACAUGUGUACGUGCCAUUUCAAAACCAGAUAAAUCGUGUUCCAGUGUCAAAGUGCAGCACUUACAAAACAUUGCAGGACUGUUGGUCUGCGCAGGAUCCGUACUGUGUUUGGUGCGGAUCUGACAAAAGCUGUACGUUUGAAGAUGACUGCAAAGACUCAGACUGGCUGUCCAUUCCUGAUGAUUCUCAACAGAAGAUGGUUUCAUACAAAGUUGCACAGGAAAACACUGGACAGAUCACACUUACCAUCCAGAUGCAUCUGUCGGUGGGCAAGAGUGCACUUUCUAACUUCAUCUGUCAAUUAGAACAUUUUAAAAUGAAAAACCAUGAACUACAAUUCCCACAGUGCACCUUCAUACUUGAAAAUACUACAUUUCCUGCUCAAGGACUGCCUAUUAAACUUAAGGUUGGACUUGGGACGUCAGAACUGUUAGAACGGCUGAACCUUCUCAACUGCACCAAAAUUAGUGGACCACCAACAUCUGUCUUGUGUCGGCAGUGCAUUGAUGCUGGGUGUAGCUGGACCACAAACGGAUGUUCCUGGGCCAAUAAAGGAGUAGGAAAUGACGGUGUUUGCCAGAUGAUGGAGUCAUGGAUGAACUUCUCAAGACCACAGAUCUCCUCCAUCACUCCCAGUGUUGUGUCCUUCUACGGCAGAAACAAUGCAGUGUUGAAGGGUUUUAACCUCAGUUCUGUGAUCAGAGUGAGGUUCCAGGCAGACUGCACACCACAAGAGUUUCCUGUUUGGGACAACACUGGUGAAAAUCUGACCUUUCACAUUCCCAGUGCAGAAAAUAAAGGAGUAGUCAAAGUAUGCCUUCUCCUCCCAGAUGGCAGUUGCCAUGGCAGCGCCAAAAUCACCUACCGAUCGGCACCAUCCUGCACGAGUAUUUCACCCAAAAGCACUUGGAUAAGUGGAAACCGGAAGAUCAAAUUAAUGGGAUCUCUCCUGGAGCUUGUGGAAGCUAUCAAACACAGCAAAGUCGUGCAGGAAGUCAGACUGCCCAGUAACAACACCUAUCAGGCUCUACAGACUCUCACCUAUGACUCGCCUGCAGCUACAAACGCUUACUCAACUUUUUCGAGCACUUUGUCUCUGAAAGUAGCAAAUGAAACCUUGCCCUGUUCCACAACAAUAACCUACUACCCAGACCCUGAGUUUACAAGCUUCUCUUCUACACUGACAGGGAACAAUGUCCGCAUCACCAUACAGAAAAAGGCAGACAAACUAGGGAUGAACAUAACAGAGUUGUCUGUGUGGGGCAUUCAUGAAGAAAACCGACACCCCUGCAUCAUGGUGGACCAAGAAACCAAUGAUGAGACUGAGAUUGAAUUUUUCACCUGUGAGAUCCGAAACACUCGCAUUACAAAAUUUCGGGAGUUAGAGGUAAAACUUUCAGCCAUACAACACUAAGCAUGACAUUAUUAUGCA